AAAGUGGGUCAAUGAUAAUUCAAAAUCGAUAAUGAUUAAAGAACAAGCUAUUGGUAGUAGAGAUUCAUUUGCCAAUUGGAUAGCCACUAUAAAAUAUCCAGUAUCUCAUGUCCACAAGCUACCCAGUGCACAAGCUCUCGCCAUCCAAGAAUCCCUCCCCUUCCUGUCCUACCUGGGGAUCGCCCACUAGAAUCUCCGGCGAUCCGGCGGGAGCUAGGCGAUCAUGGCCGCGCGCGGCGGCCUAGAGAACGCUCUCCUCGGCGGUGGCCCGGUGUCGCCUCAGGACAGGCGGCGCCGCCGCCCCUGGACCGCGCUCGCCAUCGCCGUGGCGCUGCUCGCGCUGGCGUGCGUGGUGCUGCUCCUGAGCUCCGGGGGCGAUCGGGAGGUGGCGUCCGGCGGGGGCGCCCGCCUGAGCCCGCACGAGGUGGAGGCUGGGGUGGGCGCGGUGGCGGCCGACGAUGGGCGGUGCUCGGAGGUGGGCGCCGCGGCGCUGCGCGCCGGCGGGCACGCGGUGGACGCGGCCGUGGCGGCGGCGCUCUGCCUCGGCGUGGUGCACCCGAUGUCGAGCGGCGUCGGCGGCGGCGCGUUCAUCGUCGCCAGGGACGCCGCCUCCGGCGACGCCGUCGCCUUCGACGCCCGCGAGACCGCGCCGGCCGCGGCCACGCCGGACAUGUACGCGAGCAACCCGACCUCCAAGUACAAGGGCGCGCUCGCCAUGGGCAUCCCCGGCGAGCUCGCCGGCCUCCACGCCGCGUGGUCUCGCUACGGCAGGCUGCCGUGGAAGGACCUCUUCGCGCCGGCGAUCAAGCUGGCGCGGGACGGCUACACGGUGGUGCCGUACGUCGCCGCCGCGCUCAAGAAGACGGAGCAGGACGUGCUCGCCGACCCGGGCCUCCGCGCCGUGUUCGCGCCGGAGGGGAGGCUCCUCGCCGCCGGCGAGGUGUGCCGCAACCCGGCGCUCGCCGACACGCUGGAGGCCGUCGCGAACGACGGCGUCGAGGCGCUCUACGGCGGCGCCGUCGGCGAGAGGUUCGUCGCGGACGUGAGGCGCGCCGGGGGCAUCGCGACGGUGGAUGACCUGAGGGCGUACAAGGUCGAGGUGAGCGACGCCAUGCGCGCCGACGCCAUGGGAUACACCAUCCUCGGCAUGCCUCCGCCUUCCAGCGGCGCCGUGGGGACGGCCCUGGUUUUGAACAUUUUGGGUGGAUACAAAUCGCUCGAGUUCUUGAAAGGGUUUCUUGGCGUGCACCGGCUCAUCGAGGCGCUGAAGCAUAUGCUGGCAAUCCGGAUGGCGCUCGGCGACCCCGACUUCGUUAACGUCGCCGGCAGCGUCUCCGAGAUGCUGUCGCCGGCGUUCGCCGACAAAAUCCGGCAGAAGAUCGUCGACAACACGACGUUCCCUCCUGGCUACUACUUCCCAAAAUGGAGCCAGCUGAGAGACCACGGGACGAGCCACCUCUGCGUCGUCGACGGCGACCGGAACGCGGUGGCGAUGACGACCACGGUGAACUACUACUUCGGGGCGCACGUGCUCUCGCCGUCGACGGGCAUCGUGCUGAACAACGAGAUGGACGACUUCUCCGUGCCGGCGGAGCGGACGCCGGACCACCUUCCGCCCGCGCCGGCCAACUUCAUCGCUCCGGGCAAACGGCCUCUCUCCUCCAUGACUCCAUCGAUCAUACUCAAGGACGGGCAGCUCGCCGGCGUGGUCGGCGGCAGCGGCGGGACGAACAUCAUCGCGACGGUCGCGCAGGUGUUCCUGAACCACUUCGUCGUCGGCAUGCACCCCCUCGCCGCCGUCCAGCAUCCCAGGGUCUACCACAAGCUGGUGCCGAACGAGGUGGUGUACGAGGACGAGACGGUGGUCGACGGCGAGGUGAUCAAGCUCAGCGGCGAGACGAGGGAGUUCCUGCGGCGGAGAGGGCACCGGCUGAAGAGCACGGACUCCGGCGCCGUGUGCCAGUUCAUCGUGCAGGACUUGCUGGCGCCGGUAGGCUCGGCCACCCACCGGAAGCACGGCAGCAAUGGCGGAGCCGCCGGCGGCGAGAACGUCUUCCAUGGGAUGCUCACCGCCGUCAGCGACCCGAGGAAAGGCGGGAGACCAGCCGGGAUGUGAUGACGCAUGCUUGCGUCACGACAUUUGUUAGGUGUUCGUUUUAGACCGCCGAAAUUCAUGGAAGAUUCCUGUGAAAAUCGAACGGGUUUAUAUGAAAAUUUCUGCAAUUUUUGUACAGUUUGAAUUGAAUUGAACAGCUUUGGAUUAAAAGGUUUCUCAAACCGUCCAAAACAGCGCAAUUUACCAUGGUCACGCGUACCAUAAAAUUAAUG